ACGUCUCCCAUCGCACUCGUGUCGUGAUUCUAAUGAUUUUCUUUUUUGUAUUGAAAAUUAAUAAUGGGUGGCCAAAAAUUUGAAUACGAUGAAAGUGGAUCUACAUUCUUUUACUUCGUUCUCUCUUUCCUAGCCCUAAUACUGGUACCGGCGACGAUUUAUUAUUGGCCUAGGAAGAGGAAAGAAGAUCCUGCCAAACGUGCAGAAUUAUGUCAAUGUCCAAACUGUAUAAAGAAACAAAUAAUCAUAGAACAAUCACAACCCUACAAAGGGGUUAAAAAUUUCUUUAUAAAACUAGCAAUUAUAUCAGGAUGGGUUUUGCUUGGCUUUUUGGCAUAUAAAGUUUCACAAUUUGAUUAUGAGAUGUCCAAUUUUGAUCCCUAUGAGAUACUGGGCCUGCCACCUGGUGCUACUCAAGCCGAGAUAAAAAAAUCGUAUCGCAAACAAUCUCUAAUUCUUCAUCCAGAUAAAGAAACUGGUGAUGAAAAGGCCUUUAUGAAGCUUACCAAGGCGUAUCAGGCUCUUACUGAUGAUGAGGCUCGAAGAAACUGGGAGAAAUAUGGAAACCCUGAUGGGCCUGGUGCCAUGAGCUUUGGUAUUGCUCUACCAAGCUGGAUUGUUGAGAAAGAGAACAGUGUGUGGGUUCUUGGGUUAUAUGCAUUAGUUUUUAUGGUUGCCCUUCCAACUGCGGUUGGUAUGUGGUGGUAUAGGUCAAUUAGAUUCUCAGGAGAGCAAGUUUUAUUAGAUACUACACAAAUGUAUUUCUAUUUUUGCCAUAAAACACCGUCAAUGCCUUUGAAGCGAGCUCUUAUGAUUCUGGCUGCGUCUUGUGAGUUUGAUAGAAGACAUAACUCUGAAGUUAUUGAGAGAAUUACUGAUAAUGAGGAAGUUCCAAUGCUGCUUCGCGAGCUGCCAAACUUAGGUGAGAAGAACAAAGAGCAGCCGCUGUGUCGUCCGUACAGCAUCAAGGCGCGGGCGUUGCUGCACGCGCACCUUUCCCGCAUGAAGCUGCCUCCCGACACGCUGGAGUGCGACCGCCGGUACAUAGUGGCGCGCUGCCCCGACCUCAUUGUGGAGAUGGUCAACUGCGUCAACCAGCUGAUCGCCCUCGCGUAUGCUAGGAGAAUACCUCGUCUACCAACAAUCGAAACCAUCGAGAACUGCAUGAAGCUCUCCCCAAUGAUCGUCCAAGCACUGUGGGAGUACAAAUCGCCUUUACUGCAACUACCGUACAUCACCGAGGAUCACCUGAAGUACUUCACGAAUCGGAAGAAGCACAUCAAAUCGCUGCUGCAGCUAGCUCAGUUGCCAGGCGAAGAAAGGAGACAAGUUCUGCGGUUCCUCAACGAUAAGCAAUAUGAAGACCUGAUGAAAGCGCUGGGAAAUAUGCCUUAUAUUCAUUUCCAAAUUAACACAGAAGUAAUUGAUGACGAGAACUCUACUGUGGUAACGGCCGGCGCUAUAGUGACCGUCACCGUCUUUUUGAGACGAACCAACAUGAGGGAACUGUUUGGCGACACCACGAUCAAGGAAAAAGAAACUAUCAAGGAAGACGAGGAGGGCGCCGGCGACAACGCCGAAAAGGAAAAAGGCGAGAACGACAAGAAUGACAAAAAUGACAAAAACGAUAAGAAGGAGACAUACAAGAGGCCAGUAUGGAUGAAGCAGCAGACAAAGAAACACCCCCAGUCGAAGAAAGCUAAGAAGCCGGCCGCUAACAAACAGCAGCCGGCCAAGCCCAGCCAGACCGCCACGCCGCCCCCGCCAAGCGACGCCAAGAAAACUAAGGAGGGGAAGGAACAGAAAGAUCCGAAUCAACCAAAGAAAAAAGACGACGAUGCCGAAGAGUCGGAUUUGGGCAGCUCGGACGAGUCCGGGACGCAUAGCUCGGGGUCCGAAGACGAGUCGCGCGACAAGUCAUCGGCCGCGGAGGAGGACGACGACGACCAGUGGGACAAGUUCCAGAAGCGGCUGCAGAAGCGCGAGCGUUUGGAAGGACGCUCCAAGAGCUCGCACCCUGUGCACUGCCCCUAUUAUCCUCAGGAGAAACAAGAGUACUGGUGGUGCUACAUCUGCGACCGCAAGUCGCACACGCUGCUGGCGGCGCCGGCGCACGUGACGGCGCUGGUGGACACGCACGAGCUGCAGCUGCGCUUCACGGCGCCGCGCUGGCCCGGCGUCUACACGCUCGCCUGCUGCCUGCGCUCCGAUUCGUACAUCGGCAUGGACCAGCAGCAGGACAUGAAGCUGGACGUGAAGGAGGCGGCCGCCGUUCCCGUGGAGCACCCGCAGUGGGACCUCAGCGACUCCGACACCGACAACAACGACCAGGGAGGCAACGAAAGCGAGUUCACAACAGACGACGAGGUCGAGGAGGAGUAGUCGCAGAUUACCUAAGUUAUUUUUAUAGAGUUUAUUAUUAUUAUUGCGGUGUGCGGUGUAUGCUGAAUAAUUUGUUGUAUGGAUGGAGCGUGAAAGAAUAUAAUGUUUUAUAUUCCAA